AUCUACCACCCGAGGCUGCCGUGAGAUAGAGAAAAGUUAUCGGGGAUUUUAAUACGCUCAAAAACUUCCCUCCCAAACGCAACUCACUCGCUCACAGAAGCCUGAGAUCUGUCUUCUCUCUUCAGGAGUUCAGUUGCGGCGAUGCCUACUACCAAGAAGACUAAUACUGAAAUCAUUAGCCAUGCCUUUGAAAAAUUGAUGUGCCAGAUUGGGCACCCCGUUGAGUUUGAACUUCCGGAUUACUUCAUCAAGUCCAGGCCAACUCCCUACACCUUCAUUAAGCGCAAUAUAUAUCUCACAAAGAGGAUUAAAAAGCGUCUUGAGGAUGAUGGCAUUUUCUGCUCUUGCACUGCAUCGCCAGGUUCUUCUGGCGUUUGUGAUAGAGAUUGCCAUUGUGGGAUGCUACUAUCUAGUUGCUCCUCAGGCUGCAAAUGUGGGGAUUCAUGCCUUAACAAACCCUUCCAGCACCGACCUGUGAAGAAAAUGAAAUUAGUAAAGACCGAGAAAUGUGGAUCCGGGAUUGUGGCUGAUGAAGAUAUUAAACGAGGAGAGUUUGUAAUUGAAUACGUUGGAGAAGUUAUUGAUGACAAAACAUGUGAGGAAAGACUUUGGAAAAUGAAACACCGCGGAGAAACCAAUUUCUAUUUGUGUGAGAUCAAUAGAGACAUGGUAAUUGAUGCCACAUACAAAGGAAACAAGUCAAGAUACAUUAACCAUAGUUGCUGCCCCAAUACCGAGAUGCAGAAAUGGAUAAUUGAUGGUGAAACAAGAAUAGGUAUCUUUGCAACCCGUGACAUAAAAAAGGGCGAACAUCUGACCUAUGAUUAUCAGUUUGUUCAAUUUGGUGCAGAUCAAGACUGCCAUUGUGGAGCUAUAGGCUGUAGGAGGAAGCUGGGGGUAAAACCUAGCAAGCCCAAGAUAUCUUCCGAUGCAACAUUAAAGUUUGUAGCCUGCCAGAUUUAUCAGAAUGGAGGUUUGCAUACAGGAAGUUCUCGAUCUGCUCAAAAUCGAGUAUGCUCACAAUGUUGCAUUGGCAAAGUGAUUAGAUUAUCUCGUCCCCCUGAGAGUUUCUUUGGGAUUAUCAGACGAUUUGAUAAGUAUAGCAGACAACAUACAAUCAUGUUUGAAGAUGGUACUGUAGACUUUCUAGACAUGUCUAAAGAAAUUUGGGAAGUUGCAACUUUCUGAUGUCAUUGCAAGUGGUAAAAAGAGUAGCUGAAGCUGGCGACUCCUCGCUUGGCUCUUGCUUAUAUAGGUUCUUGGUGAAUAGACCAUUGUUGUAUCCUAUCUUCAAACCCGUUCUACAAUGAGGGAUCUUUGAACAGGGUUUGUAACAAAUGUAAUCUAAUCUUUUCUUCACAAUUUUUUUUUUUUUUUUUUUCUCUCUUUCAACAAAGAAACUACAGAUCUGUAUUCAUGGAUUCACACUAUCUGAUACAAAUUGAGGAUUAGGAAGGGUUGAGCCUCUGGUGAUGAUAAAAGUAGGAAGCCAGGUGGGUGAUAUUGAUUUGGUGAGCAAGUGGAUGCGGUUGAUUGUCUCAUGUAUUGUAUUGUAUUGUAUUGUAUUGUAUUGUAUUAUUAAUUGGGAUGGUGGUUGGGUGUACAUACACUCACAAGUCAAAAACAAGUGAACCUCAUUUACUUGUUCAAUCAAGUUUUCUAACAGUUGAUUCA